AAGAAGCUUCAUCAGUCUCCGUCUCUCUCGCAUUAUCAGAUGGCACUGGACAUAACCAUCUUUGAAACCACUAGUCCCUCUCGCUUCAUCUGCUUCACCAUCCCAAACCCUUCCCAUCCUCACCACCAACUCGUGCGAGUUGCUGUUCUUGACUCACCGAUCCAAUCCACCGGCUCACCUCGAGUUGCUGCCCUAUUCGUCCCUAAUAACAGGGAACACGAAUGGAUUUUCUCCACCGAGUCUGGUCACCUCCAGCUCCUCCUGUCCUCCCCCGGGAUCGAACGGCUCAUACUGAUUGGCAAUAAUCCCGUCAAUGGUCCUGAUUCCUUCUUCAAUUAUCGAAAAGACGUGAUAAAUGACUCGGCGUAUUUAGAGAAACUAGAGGUGAGCUUCAAGCCUCUCCUACUUGCUCUAUCUCCCAAAAUUUGUGCCCACAAUGGGAUUUCUGAUAUACCCAUUUUGAGUUAUGAGGAUAAUGUGAUUUCUAGUAUUGUGUUAGAGAAAUGUACUGGGAUUUUUGUUGGUGAAAUGCUUGUUGAGGAUGUUGAGAUUGAUUGUGAUAGCGAAAAGAGGGAGUUUAGAAGGAGAUUGAGGUUCAAGAGACUGCCAAAUCUUGUGCAAACAGAGAUCCGGAUGGUGCCUGUGCAAGAUUAUAGUUUAGAUUCUGUCAAGAUUGGAGGAGAAGUGGAGUUUAAGCCUGAUUUCCGAGUAUUGGAGCCGCCUUACUUGAGGGCAAUGGUGGCAAGUUUAUCUUUGAUUAGUUCCCAUCUUGAAGAGCGUAUUAGUGCAAAGGCUGCACCUAAAGCUUUGUGUGUUGGGGUUGGAGGUGGGGCUUUGCUUAGUUUUCUGAGAAGGCAAUUGGGCUUUGAGGUUGUGGGUGUGGAAAUGGACGAAGGGGUUUUACGGGUUGCAAGGCAGUAUUUUGGACUGGAAGAAAGUGAGUCUUUUAGGAUCAUUGUUGGAAAUGCUAUAGAAUGGAUGGAGAAAAUUGUUAAUGAACGCAGUGGGCAAAAUUUGGAUUCAGUGGCAUCUUUUGAGUCUGAGAAAGAUUGUUGCUCUAAUAAUCUCAAUGAUGUUGAUGAUUACUUUGAUGUAAUUAUGGUUGAUUUGGAUUGCACUAAUGCUAUGAAUGGUAUUAGUGCACCACCGUUGGAAAUUGUGAGAAAGCAUGUCCUGUUGGCUGCCAAAUCGCUUCUUCGCGAUUUUGGGAUUUUCGUUAUUAAUGUCAUUCCUCUGGACAGGUCAUUCUAUGAUGCAUUAAUACAUAAAUUUCGUGGUGUUUUUCUUGAGUUGUAUGAGAUUGAUAUUGGCAAUGGGGAGAAUUACAUUCUUAUUGGCUCGGUGUCACCUCUAAUUUCUUUUACUGAUGAUAAGGAGAGUAGGUUUAUUACAAAACUAAGAUUGGUCAUAUCAGGAGCAUACGUGGAUUUGAUACGGAAGAUUUGAAGGAAACAUGAUAAUAACAUUGUAUCUUCUCUAAUUUCCUAUCUGGCUUUUAAUCCUCUACUUGCUGGAAUUGUAUUGAGAGAGCAAGCAAGAAAGCAGAUUUAGCAUCUACUCUGGUCUAAGUCAGUUUGAUAAGUUAUUAUGGCAAAUCAUGAGCCUGCUGUAGAGGAGGCUAUGAAGGGGAAAGACACGAGCAGACAGACUUCAGAGAGAGUUGCACUGUAAUUUCAGGCACUCAUGCUUGCCAGUGGAUCACAUCUUUUUGUUUGAUCUUCUUGUAUGUUACGAAAUGGAAUCUUCUUGUAUGAUCCAUACUAGGGAUAUACGGGUGCCCGAUCAUCCUAACGGGGUAGCUGAACUAAUACUUGCUUGGAAUGGGGUAGUAUCUGGAUCUUUUAAAAGGAGAGUUUCGAACACGAUGCUGUGUGCUGUGCUGUGGAGCUUGUUGUGGAAGGAAAGACACGAAAUUGAUUUCAACCAAAAGCUGAUUGACAUGGGAAAUUUCUACUAUAUGGUUUUUGUAAGAUUAGGAUUGUGGUUAAAGGUGGGCUAAUGUCUUCUGCAAUAUGGUUGAAGCUGCUCGAGAAGGGCCUAUCGAACUACUUAUCGAAUCUGCACAGAUGUCAUCAGUUGGAUCAAUAAAAUCAUUCCUAAGCCUUGGAAACUUCACGAGGAUUUCGGAUUUAUUGAACUCUGGAAGAACCUAUCACCUAUGCAGUCAAUGUGCCUUCAGGCUUCAUCCAUUCCAAAAGGAAGGCAAAUUGUAACAGUCUGCCCCUCAUUGGUCUGGUGAAUAUUGUUGGUUUUGGUAGUUUGCAGCAAUUUGUUCUUAUGGGCCUUUUGGUCCAUAAAACACGUUCACUAUGUUAAAAGAUUUGACAUAUUA